AUGUCUUCAAGCUUCCCAGAUCCCACUAUAAUCUCUCGAGCUCCAGGCGGGCCAAAAAGACUCGGCCACAAAUGCAGCAAUUUUGAAUGUGCAGCUCGAGGAAGCGAAACGACGCUCAAAGUCUGCGCGAGGUGUAAAGCAGUAAAAUAUUGUUCUCGCCAAUGCCAAACGAAAGACUGGAAAAACCACAAACCAGCAUGCACGAACAACGCAGAACACGCCGCCCAACUCGCUCAAGCCGACCAAUCCGGCAUCCUCGCACACUCCCUUCCUCAGGGUAUAACACUAACCGAUCUCGACCAGCGCCUCGAAAAAUGGAUCAAAUUCCACAACUCAACCCUAAUGGCCGCAACCAUCCACGCCCUCGCCCUCCCACGGGACAUCAAACGCUCUCGAACGCACAUCGUACGCAUGCAGGUGAGUUAUCGGGAGGACAAUAACGGUGCCCCCGGGAAAUUCUUCCGCGUCGAUAGGGCAGAGGCGAUCGAGAUGGAUGAGGCGAGGAGGCUUGGGGGAGCGUGGCCGGAGAGUUUGGUGCAGGUUGCGAAGCUGCGCGAGGAGAGUGAGAAGAGGCGGAUGGGGACGGUUUCUGCUAUUGGAGUGGAGUGCUAUCCGCUUGCGGUGCAGAUUGUGCCGUUUGGGUCGUUGAGGGAUUUGAGCCCGUUGGAGCUUGUGAAGGAUUGGGAGCGGGUGUUGAAGAGGGAUGUGCAGAAUGCGAAGAAAUUUACAAAGUUUGGGCCAUGAGAAUGUCCUUCUUACCUGCAUCUGCCAAUAUCAUACCCCUCACGAACACA